AUGUUUGGGCGUUGCAGUUUGCUUUUUGUGGCCGUUUUGCUGGCUUCCACGGCUUCCAUACAGUCCCAUUUCCCGGAGUAUUGCGCGGAGUGCGAGCAGGAGGUGUGGGAGCAGGUGCCGUGCAGCGAAGUGCCUACCACUCCAGCACCUACGACAGCGGGGACGACAAGUGCCACAACGACGAGACCCGGUACCACCUCUGUGCCCACCACCACUGAGAUACCCUACCCACCUAGCCCCGAGCCACCCACCCCGGAUUACACCACACCGCAGACGCCGUACAAGAAGUGCUACUGCGAGUGCAAGCUGGGCUGCAAGGAGUUCUGCCGCAAGGUGGUCUCCUCCGAUCCCCAGCAGCCCCUCACCCAGAUCUCCUCCAUCGGAGAGUACGCUCCUGGCGGCCAGGUGGAGUUCAACCACGUCCACCAGCGCAAGUUCGUGCCCAAGUACGGAGGCGACGGCUAUGCCGGCCUGGUGGGUCCAGUGGGUGGCCCCAAAUCGUAUAAGCCCUACCCCUUGGUCUACGAAGAACAAGCCGCCUCCGCCACCCCAUCCCCUGCCGUGGCCAACAUAGCUGCUCCCAAUUUCUCGUUGGAGGAGCUGGCCCAGCUCCUGAGCAAUGCCUACGGUGGAAAGAAGAGCUACUCCGCGCCCAGUCCGCUCCCACCGGCUCCCUCCGUUUACUAUUCCCCGGUCUACAACAAACAGACAGUGCCGGUCAUCAGCAAGGUGCUGCCAGCUCCCAAGCGCAGCUCCAAGAUCCUCGUGUCGGCGGUGGCCUCAUCCUCCGGGGUGUCCCUGGCCAAAAUAAAGACCCCCUACGAGGAGAAGCUGGUGGUGGCAACCCAACCGCCAAGCUACGACCAGACCACCUCCUAUCCCAUUGUAGAGGAGCCCAAGGUCUAUAUCCCCAGCCAAACAGAGGCCUAUCCCAUUGUGCCCAGCCACACGGAGUCCUAUCCCAGCCCGGCGGUAAACUAUCCAAGCAUCACGGAGUCCUACCCCAAGGAGUCCUACCCCACCGCCACGGAGUCCUAUCCCAGCCACACGGAGUCGUAUGCUCCGCAAACUGAAUCCUAUCCCGUGCCACCGCCUCCAGCCCCGGUGAAGACCUACGAUAACUCCGUUCCCGGUCGGGACAAGCCAUCCUCCACCUUCGACCUGGCCAUCGACAACUACCUGAAGGACUUUGGCUACGGCAACCAGGGAAGGGGCUACGAUUACUGAUGGACCUCAGUAGGUAGCUGUUGUUGUUAGGUUUAGACUUCUUACUAGGAUAGAUGAUACUGUUUUCCUCCUUUUUUGAUUA